UUUUUCUGGAGCAUUCUACCGGCCGGUUAUCGCACGCAGCAGUGGUGGUGCGGCUAUUACUGGUGCUCGUAGACUAGAGGCCGGUGUAGUUUGCCUGUCCGAUUUUUGUCAGGGCUUUGUGUAUCACUAUAAAUUGAUUAAACGUAAGAGCGGUAAUGUCGGUGGUUGGCUUUGAUGUGGGAUUCCAGAACUGCUACAUCGCCGUGGCGAGGAGCGGCGGCAUCGAGACUAUCGCCAAUGAGUACAGCGACAGGUGUACCCCGGCUUGUGUAUCACUGGGACCUAAAAAUCGGGCAAUUGGAGCAGCUGCCAAGAUCCAGAUUGUGACCAAUGCAAAGAAUACAAUACAAGGUUUUAAACGACUGCAUGGCAGGACCUUCGAUGACCCAUUUGUGCAGACUGAAAAAAGCAAGCUUGCUUAUGAGCUUCAAAAGUUACCAAGUGGCAGUGUUGGAAUCAAAGUACAUUACUUGAAUGAAGAACGAGUUUUUGCUGUUGAACAAAUAAUGGGGACGUUACUGACUAAACUCAAAGAGACUUCAGAAAAUGCGCUGAAGAAGCCCGUGACUGACUGUGUAAUUUCGGUCCCUAGUUUUUUCAGUGAUGUAGAGAGAAGAUCCAUGAUUUCUGCUGCUAAGAUUGCAGGGCUUAAUUGUCUGCGACUGAUGAACGACACUACUGCAGUUGCUCUUGCAUAUGGUAUUUACAAACAAGAUUUACCAACUCCAGAAGAAAAACCAAGGAAUGUGGUCUUUGUAGAUAUGGGUCAUUCAUCUUACCAGGCUUCAAUCUGUGCAUUUAACAAGGGAAAACUUAAGGUCUUGGGAACUGCAUUUGAUCCCUACUUGGGUGGAAGAAACUUUGAUGAAACCUUGGUAGAUUACUUUUGUGAAGAAUUUAAGACGAAGUACAAGCUAGAUGUAAAGGCUAAUGUUAGAGCUUUACUUCGACUACACCAGGAGUGUGAGAAAUUGAAGAAGCUAAUGAGUGCAAAUGCCUCUGAUCUUCCAUUGAACAUAGAGUGCUUCAUGAAUGAUAUUGAUGUUUCUGGAAAAAUGAACAGAGCACAGUUUGAAGAACUCUGCGCCUCACUUUUGAACAGAGUGGAGGCCCCCUUAAAAAGCAUAAUUGAACAAGCCAAAUUGCAGCUAGAAGAUAUCUAUUCUGUUGAAAUUUUGGGUGGAGCGACAAGAAUUCCAGCUGUGAAGGAGAGAAUUGCAAAGUUCUUUCACAAAGAUGUGAGCACAACCCUCAAUGCUGAUGAAGCCGUAGCACGAGGAUGUGCACUGCAGUGUGCAAUUCUUUCACCAGCAUUUAAAGUGCGUGAAUUUUCCAUCACAGACAUAGUUCCUUUUCCAAUCACUUUGAAGUGGAAAUCUACAACUGAAGAAGGACUUGGUGAAUGUGAAGUUUUCAGCAGAAAUCAUGCAGCACCAUUUUCUAAAGUCAUCACAUUCUACAAGAAGGAACCUUUUGACUUGGAUGCAUAUUACAGUAAUCCACGGGAGCUCUACUAUCCAGAUUCCAGAAUAGGUCGGUUUUCAAUUCAGAAUGUGACUCCUCAAAAUGAUGGGGAAAAUUCAAAAGUGAAAGUUAAAGUUCGAGUCAAUAUCCAUGGUAUUUUCAAUGUAUCCAGUGCAUCACUGAUUGAAAAACAAAAGCCAGACAGUGGUCAGGUUGAAGAUAUUCCAAUGGAAACAGACCAGCUAUCACGGGACACAGCAAAUGCAAAAAUUGAUGACCAGGCCACUAUGCAAGUUGAUCAGGAAGAAGUACAUUCUCAGCAAAAAGAUCAAACUGAAGAGCAAAAUGAUGUUUCCCAAAUGCCAAGCACAGAUUCUGAAGAAAAAAAUGAUCCAGCUGUCGAAAAUAAAGAUAACAGCUCAAAACCCAAAAUAAAAGUGAAGAGUGUGGAUUUGGUGAUCAAAAGUGAACUGCCCCAACAGCUUGUUCAGGACCUUCUCAACAACUAUAUUGAAAAUGAGGGAAAGAUGAUUAUGCAGGAUAAACUUGAAAAAGAAAGAAUGGAUGCUAAAAAUGCAGUUGAAGAAUAUGUGUAUGAUAUCAGAGACAAAUUGUGUGGAAUUUAUGAGAAAUUCAUCAAUGAAGCGGAUAAACAAAAGUUCACGCAAUUGUUGGAGGAUACAGAAAAUUGGCUAUAUGAAGAUGGAGAAGACCAACCUAAACAAGUAUAUCUUGAUAAACUGAAUGAUCUAAAGAAUCUUGGUCAACCUGUUCAAGACAGAUACAAGGAACAUGAGGAGAGGCCAAAAGCAUUUGAUGCGUUGGGCAAAAAGAUCCAGCUUUUCAUGAAGAUUGCAGAAGCUUAUAAAAAUAAGGAUGAAAACUAUGAGCAUAUUGAUGCUACAGAAAUGGCAAAAGUUGAAAAAAAUGUCAGUAGUGCCAUGGAUUGGAUGAAUAGUAGAAUGAUUGGACAGAACAACCAGAUGUUGUUCCAGGACCCCAUUGUGAAGGUAGCAGAAAUAAUGAACAAAGUUAAGGAACUGGAGACAACAUGUGAUCCUAUUGUUAACAAGCCAAAGCCAAAAGUGGAGCCACUUCCUGAAAAAGACAAAGCCAAUGGGCCAUUGCACGAGGAAAGUGGGAAUGAUCUCGAGUCUGAAUCUAAUAUAGCAGGUGGUGACAACACCAAACCAGUUGAGCAGCAAAAGCCAGCAGAAAAUCGGAACACUGAAAUGGAAGUGGAUUGAAAAUAACCUCUGUUAUAUUUAAAAGAAAGUCCCUUUUGCGUCCAUCCAAGACUGUGGUUUCUGUUGUAUGUCCAGCUUAAGGCACAUAUUCAGUUUUUCUCAAAUGUAUCUGGCUCGGUAUCUUUAGUAUUAAAAUGGUGAAAACUCAAUCCUACCAGAUUUAAAUGUAGUAUUGCUGUUAUCUGCUGAUUUUGUUUUUUUUUUAAUCAUCCUUUGAUGUUUUUGUAUCUGGUUUAUAAGCACUUGAACAGUCACUAGCUCUUUCACAACUCUACUUCAUGCCUUAAUUUUAUCCUCCAUGAAUUGGAUGUCUUCAAAAAUAAGUCACAUCCAUGGUGAGUUUUAAUUAAAAAGGCUUAGAAAAUUGUAUGUUUAAAUAUUGGUGUUUUACUUUACAAAAGCAUCAAUAGAAUGUUUAAUAGGAUCUGUGACCAUAACUAUUUAAUAAACUCCAUCAUCCAUGUGGAUAACUAAGGUUUCAUUUUUGAACAAUCAAAUUACAACUUCAGCUUGCAUUUUAAGUAUAAUUUAGUGUUUUUGAAGAUCUACUGGGACUUAAUUCCUACCCUGAUAACAGAUAAUAUUGAACUGUGUUAAUGAUACAUAUAGCUGAAUCAUUAUCCAGCUGUGCAUUGCAAUAUUGUGCAAAAAGAGCAAAAAAAAAAUCACAUUGCAGGUUAAUGGGAGCAUUUUAAAUGAUACUUCAAAGCCUUCUGUAAAACGAUGAUAAAGGAAAAACUAUUUGCUGUCAAAAUAUUCUUUCAAAUGAUGCUAUUGUUGAAUGUCUAAAAUUGCAGAGACAGUUGUGGAGCUGUUCAUGCUUAGGACAUUAGAGUUGAUGCUACAGUUUUUUUGUAUGCUCUCCUUGAUUUAUGGCUAGGUGUUAAUUUCACAGGACUGAACAUCCUGACUUGCUUCCAAGCUUGCUAAUUUGAUAAAUUGGUUGCGCUUUAAAGUUUGUGAAUCUGGCAGUGCAGGAAUGUAAUUUUUCUCUUCAAAUUUGCCCAUGAAUUCAAAUCCAAGAUUGGGGGGUGGGAUUCCUGUGGGAACUAUUAUAAUUUGUUUUAUUACUCUGUAUGUAGCUGCCUGCAUAAUGCUCAUGGACAAUAUCUGAGAAAGAAACUUGCAACACUCCAUAUGAAUUCUUCAGGUUUGCAAUUCAGCUUAUCAAGAAUGAAAAUUAA